GCCCAAUGAGGACGUCCCCGUGUUCGACAAGCUCAUUACUCUGUCCACCCCGGAUAAGCGCUGUCAGAUCAAAGUCGAGGCUGUUCCCUUGAACCCGGAAGCCAUUGGCAUAUUGGAGAAGAAUGUGGAUCUCUUUCGUGCCCUGGAUCAAGAAUCGACCGAAUCCUUGUCCGAAAACAUUCUUCAAGACAAACGUGAAGUCCAGCUUCAACUGAAAACCGCUCUCCGUGAUACCGUCAACGACUUGUCCGUGGAUCGCAUUUGGUGUCUCGGUCCUCGACGUUGUGGACCCAAUCUGCUUCUGAAUGGAUUCAACGAGCACGGCUCCAUUUGGCAGAAGUCCACUACACCCGUGUGCCAAUACGACUCGUCCAUCUUGAACGGAUUCCAAAUGGCCACCAUGGCCGGACCCUUGUGCGAGGAGCCCAUGAUGGGCGUGGCCUUCAUCAUUCACGACAUCCAGAUCGAUGCCCAACCAGAAGGGUCCACAUCCGGCCUUCACGGGCCUCUCUCCGGCCAGAUAGUGUCCACGGUCAAGGAAGGUUGUCGACGAGCCUUCCAAAGCCACCCUCAACGCUUGAUGGCCGCCAUGUACUCUUGUGAUAUCCAAGUCCAAGCGGAGGCUCUGGGGAAGUUGUUCGCCAGCUUGGGCAAACGCCAUGGCAAGAUUGUCCAUGAAGAUAUGGUGGCCGGCUCGUCGACCUUUGUGGUCACCGCUCAUUUACCCGUGAUCGAAAGCUUCCAGUUCUCGCACGAGAUCCUGCGACAAACCUCCGGAUUGGCCAUGCCGCAGUUGGUCUUCAGUCAUUGGGAGCUCAUCGACGUCGACCCAUUCUGGGUGCCUUCUAGCGAGGAAGAGAUCCUCCAUUUUGGGGACAAAGCCGACUCGGAGAACCAAGCCCGACAAUACAUGAAUGAUGUCCGCAAGAAGAAGGGUCUCAUGAUUGACGAGAAGAUUGUGGAAUUUGCUGAGAAACAACGCACUCUCACGAAAAUGAAAUAAGACAACAAAUACAUUCAUUCACUCUUGAAAACUCAAAUAGCUCAUCCUCUCGUAGAGCCUGCCUUAUUGAUCCACUUUAUGAUGACUUUUUGACUUUUGACUUUUUCUACACGCAG